GGAACAGGCAUACAGCAUUAACUUUAUGUUCGCAGGCUGCACCAUUUAGCUAGGAAACAUGAGAAGGGUGCGAUAUUCAGAUUCCCGGGCACAGUAUCUCAGGCUUGGUGAAUAAAGCACCGAGGCGACCGCGGUUCGUGUGGUUUGAGCUCAGGAACUUAGAACGGGAACAUGUGAGCAGGGAAUGGGAAACUGGGAACAGGAUUUUACACUAGAGAGAGACGCAGGAGGGGCGCUGAACAGGAAAAUUACCAGGACUUACUGUUGCAGCCGCAAUCAGUAGUAAAGAAAUUCCCGGAAACAUCUGCAAAUAGAAGAUAUUAACGGAAUACAGAACCAAAGAUGAACACAAUUGUGUUUAACAAACUGAGUAAUCAAGUCAUUUUUGAAGAAAAGGCGAAAGAAGUUGAACGGAGCAGCCGAAAUUAUUUAGAAGUAAUUGAUGGACAGCAUCCAGACUUACUCUCAAGCAAUCAGACAAUCAAAGACAACUCUGCCUCCAGGCAUAGAAGAUCUGGGUCCCGGCAGAACGGAGGAAAGGUGCGACAUAAGCGGCAGGCACUUCAGGACAUGGCCCGGCCUCUGAAGCAAUGGCUAUAUAAACACAGGGACAAUCCUUACCCCACAAAAACGGAGAAAAUCUUGCUCGCCCUAGGCUCCCAGAUGACAUUGGUCCAGGUAUCUAACUGGUUUGCGAAUGCCAGGCGGCGGCUGAAGAACACGGUCAGGCAGCCAGACCUCAGCUGGGCCCUGCGGAUCAAGCUCUAUAACAAAUACGUGCAGGGGAACGCUGAGAGGCUGAGCGUGAGCAGUGAGGACACGUGCUCAGAAGAUGGAGAGAACCCCACGCACACCCAGACGGGCGCGGUCGAGUUCAGCAAGCCCAUGUACCAAAGUGUCAUCAAGAAGGAGGGCGCGGUCAUGGGGGCGGGGCUGAGGGCCGACGCCGCGCUGGGAGAGGAUUACGUUUCUCCGCCCAAGUACAAGAGCAGCUUGCUACACCGGUACCUCAACGACUCGCUGCGCCACGUCAUGGCCUCCAACGCCGUCCUGGACGCGCGCAAGAGGAACCACUCAGGGUCUUUCAGCUCCAACGAGUACGACGACGAGCUGCUCUCCCCGUCCUCCUCCGAGACGGAGGCCAACUUCGUCUACCGAGCCGAGACUGUGGACCAUGGAUCAAGUAAAUAUGACAGCGCGCCAAAGGAGAAGGCUCGAGGCAAAGACGAGACGUACUGGAAGGAAAUCAACGCAGCCAUGGCCUUGACCAACCUCGCCCAUGGAAAGGACAGCGUAUCAGGGACGACCAGCUGCAUCAUCCAGAAGUCCUCCCAUAUAUCAGAAAUAAAGACUGUCAAAGUACCCAUGGUGCAGAAGUAUUAGCCCAGCGGAGUCUCACCCGUGCAGCAUUCCACUGAAGAUCCCAGUGAUUUAAGACCUUCAAAAAAAAAAAAUCAAUGGAGACUGAGCACUUGUUUUUUUAUUACAGGAAAGUAUAGGGAAGAGAAAGUAUUGUAAAGAUGUUUUUGUAGUCUUAAACAUUUAUUGUGUUUGUUUUCAUGCACAUGCAUUAAACAAGUGUUGAUAAUUUAGUUUGCUGUCAGCUGCAGUAUUCCGAACGAGACACUUUUAUAUUUUUUAAGUUAUUUGAUAAUUCUGACAUUUUGUAUUCCUAAAUUUGUAUUCUAAUGUUGCCAAAGUGCCUUUUGAAGCAAAAAUGAAAGAAAACAAAUGCUAAUAAUACUGUCCAUGAUACAUUGUGCUCUGAAAUAUAAGGCUUUUCAUUGUUUUUAGAGAGGCAUAUAAACCACAGUUUUAAAACUGUGUUAUUUAAGAGACUGCUAAGAUAAUUAUUCUGACUAUUCUUUCCUUUUUCCCUCUGACAGUGCAAAUGAGGGCCGGGUCUGAAUUUGGGGUGGAGCUGACCUUAAAUAACACCUACCACUCUUAAGCCACCGUAUGGCAAACACACACACACACACACACACAUGCGCAAACACACAGACGCAUGCUGUGUCAAGGGUCUGAUGCCAUUGCACAUGUUUUGUCUGCCUUCUCAUUAUGACUGUAAAUGCAACACUGUUGUGUCUCACCCAGAGAAACAAUGACCUGCCAACAAUAACUGUGAACACACAGAUAUGCCAGCUCAGUCAGUGGACCUUUUGGUGUGAGUGGUUCAGAGGGAAAACUGAUUGGGUAGCUUUACCGUGCCCAUGGCCAAUGGUUACUGACUUCCCUCGCUGCCUUUUAACACCUUGUCCUUGGAUUCUGUGUUCCAAGUCAAGGGACCUGGGGGUUUGGAGCUUUUGACCUUUCGCCUCAAAAGCUCAAACAUGUUUUUGCAAAUGCAUGUAUACAGGUCUUCAGGUUUGUCAUGAUUUAUUUUCAUACUUUCCAGUAAAAGACCAGCUUUUUAAACCAGCUGAGGUCAUAACCGAAAAGGGAGGUUCUUUAUUUGUGUUAUCAUUCUGUGUUUAUAUUAAUAAUUCUGCCUUUGCAUAUGGUUCUGUUCAAACCAAGAUACUUAAAAUGCUUUUUUUUCAAGACAAGUUCACCAGCCUUUUUGAUCCACUUUCUCCUGUCAGAUGUUUAAAAUUACAUUCAAAUUGUUGUUUACAAGAAGCUGGAGACGGGCCUAUGUGUUUGACUUUUUUGUUUCUUUUUUAAAUCACGUGUUUCAGUAUUAUUUCUCUGUCAGUGAGCAAGUGUUCAACGGUUUGUUUCUGUCAGUUUGUUUUUGUCAGUUGCUCUGUUAUAUUGAAUGUUUUUUCUUUUUUCCAUACCACAUUAACUAUUGUUCUCUGUAUGUUUUACACAAUGGAUUUUCCAUACAAUCGUAUAAAGUAUGUGAAUAUGUUAUACUCUUAGUUGCAAUGAAUCCCCAGUAUUGAACUGAGAGAAGAUCGAGCAUGACUGUAUGAGCAAACAGUAGUUGGCUCUUCUUGCUGAUGAAAGUUAUGUGUAUCUUGAAGGUACUGUUAGUCGGUCAAAGUGUACAAUUCAUAGUUGUUUUGUGCAGUUGGGCCCUGUUUUGACUAACUACAUGCAGUGGUCAAGCGGCCAUAAGCGUUUUGACAUGGAAAAGCUGCAGUUACUUUAAGAUGUUCACCUAUUGUGAAUUAACGAAACACUACGGUCUGCUUUUUUCCGUCCUGUGCUAGUGUUCAGUUGCAGACCCGUUGAGCCAGUAUUGAGAAGUUUGGGUGGAGAAGCCCCAUGUGUUAGACGUAUUCAUAUGCAUACCCCGUAAGGUCUGCUACUUUAGCAUGCCUGUGAAAGUAAAAAAGAAAGACUGUGGUCAGCCCAGGAGCUGUUUGCUCAUGCGGUGCUGUGCUCCACAUGUGUUUUACAUACCCAUGAUCCUCUGAGGAAGGCUGUAGGGCACCGCUGGGCACAGUGUAUGGUUCUAAUACCUUUGAUAAGUUUGUGGAAACCACCUUUCACCUCACAUGGAAUCUGACUGUCAGAGAGGUGUCAAAGAAUAGAGAGGCCAUUGUAAGUCGGACCCAGCAGAACAUGCGUGUAACUGUAUACAGUCCGGUGCUGUACUCCGCUCGAAUGAACACGGACAAUAGCUGAAACCGCAAAGCAUUUACUUACAGUUACUGUUCGUACUUUAGAAAACAUGUAAAUUAUUAAGGACUGUAUAAAAAAAGGAAAAAACUAGAAACUAGUGAAAAUAGUCUGGUGUUUGUUAAUUUUUUUUCCCAUUUGUUAAAUUAUAUAAUUUUUUGCCAUUUUUGUUAGAGACUGGAUGUUUAUCCAAUGACCAAAUGCAUAAUAUCACAUCAUAAUGUUUGAUUUGCUUUUACUUAAAAGUGUUUAAAAAAAAAAAACUAUUGCUAUUUCUCCUGGGAAAUGAAUAAACAUUUUAAAAUAUUUUA